CUGUCCCAGCUCCUCAAUGAGAUCAGGGCAAACUAUGAAACGCUCAUCACCAGAAAUCAGAUAAAGAUCAUCAUCUCAACAAGGACCCAGGUAAUGACUGCAUACAGACAUACACCUUCCAGAGAAAGGAUGCAAUCCUUGUCUAUACAAUUCCUGCCUCAGUCUCCAUGAGCUAGAAGAAGCUACAAUUAAAAGAAUGGACAGAGAUGCAGAAGCAUUAAAGGCAGCCAGAGCAGAACUCAGUGAAGCCAGACGGCAGUGGCACCACAUGCAAAUGGAAAUUGAAUCUCUCCAUGCUGUGGAAAAGGGUUUGGAACGUUCACUGCGUGCCACAGAGCAGCAGUACCAUAUGCAACUACAAAAUUUAGAAGCUGAGAUUGAAAGUUUAGAGAAAGAGCUACAGGAAGUGAGAAGAGGUAUUGAGAAACAGCUUCAAGAGCAUGAAAUUCUACUGAACACUAGGAUGAAACUGGAGGAGGAAAUAGCAACAUAUCGCAGUCUGCUUGAGCAAGAAGAGAACAGGUUUCGUUGUUCUAUACCUGACCAAAAGGAUGAUAAAAAACCUACCACUAGCAAGAUCGCCUUUACCCUGCCUUCAAGUGGUGUAAAGAAGCGCGAAACUGAGAAGGUGGAAUUGGUGUCAAAACAAGCGAUCCUAGAUGGAAAUAUUAUGAAGGAAAGCGCUGAAGCUCAUGGCACUAUACAGACAGAAAAAGUGGAUGAAGUUAUUAAAGAAUGGGAAGGUUCCUUCUUUAAGGACAACCCUCGCUUAAGGAAAAAAUCAGUUUCAUUGCGCUUUGAUCUCCACCUAGCAGCAACUGAUGAAGGAUGCUUACAUACCAAACAGAAAACGCUUCCAGACAUUGAAGUCAGGUUGGUAAUGAGGAGGUCGUGCAGUAUUCCUUCUAUCAAACCUUAACUUACAGCAAACUAACCCAAAGUUCAUUUGUAACGGGCUCUGGAAAUAAACUGUAGAGGAACUUAUAUGGCCUCUAUCUUGCUACAGCUAUAAAACCUUACUAAGUAUGUAUUUUGAUUAAUACAAUAAAAGUCUUUUAAAGGAAAGGGAGAAGGACAAGGGAGUUAGAUUUCAAGAAAUCUAACCUCUACUCGUUUUCUACUCUGGGUAUGGUCCUUUAAUUUUCUCAUUGUUAUUGUUGUUUUGUAGAAUUUCAUUAAGUAUUUAAGAAUUAAACUAUAACUUUAUACUUUAACAUAUUCUGUCUUUUUAAAAGAGAAACUUCUCUCUUUCUGGAAAUGAGAACUGCAUAUUUCAUUCUCUUAAUUAUUCAAUACUGCAUACUCAUAAUGACUGAUGAAACCUUGUAAUAGUUUAUACCACAAGUGUCAAACUUACUGAAAUGCAUUUUAAAACAUUUUCUAAAAACAAAACAUUAUAUGCAAAGCUGUUCUUAAAAUACGUAAAAUAUUAACAAAUUAUUUUCUUUCAAAAGUGGCUGAUAUUUUUAAACCUUUUUUUUUUAGGAUACCACUGAUCAAAAAUUUAUGUCCAUUAUAUAAUCACACACACAUUUCUUAAAAGGGUUGUUACAAACAAAUAAUAUUUAGCCAUAUUAUUCCACUGAUUUUUAAGCAGUAAUUUCCAUUGAAAAAUCAAUCGCUCUCUGAUUUGUCCAUGUGUACCUACUACUAUAACUCUUUUAGCCAUACUAAGUAAAAUUAUACCUUUGAACUGUUCAAAUUUAAGGAGUCAAUCAACCACUUUUAAUAAUGGUAUCUAUCUCACAUAUCAUAACAACGUGAAUUAAAACAUCUUCAAUAAAUCCCUCCUUUGAAAAAUCUUAUAGGUAUGUUAUGCUCUUGAUCUAGUACGUAUAACAAAUCAUUAUUAUGCCAGGGUACACCUAUUGUAGCUUCACUUAAACAGACAAAGUAAGGGCUCUUUGUGUAAGGUAAAAUUCUGCCAUGUGUAUUAGGUACCGCCGUCACUUUUCAAAGUAGCUUUGGUCAAAUACAAAGUACAACAGAUGAUCUUACCUCUUUACACAGGAAAAAUAGAAAUAAAACUCAGACAUAUUUUCUUUACGAGGUUAUGAAACAAAUUUCAAACAAAAUUGUAUUAAGAUAUGAACGACUGCUGAUGACGAUUUUUAAGAGGAACUGAUGCCACAAACUAACUCAGUCUAAGUCACUGGGAUUGCAGGGGCUCGGAAUCUAGGAAAACCACAUACAAUAUUUACUAGAUCCAUGGUAGCAUGUAAAAAUUUCUUUUAAGUGUCGGUAAUUGCCUUACUACUUAUGGCAUGUGUAACAAAAACUGAUACUGCAACUUUUUCCAGUACUGAGUUAUGCUUCUAUCUUUUGUUAAUGGUACAAACAACGCAUUUUAUACUGCCCAUGGUUCUGUAUCUACUGUAUAAAGCUGACUAAGUAUCAUUAACCUUAAUAUUGAUCUGGUGUUGUUAAUACUUCAGUAUUUGGCAUCCUGAAUGUAAUAGCCUGCCCUCGCAUUUUCACUAUGCAGCUUUUUUUUGUGCUUAUACUGUGUACAUUUUACUAUACUUGAAUUUGAACUAAGUUUUAAUUGCUUUAAGGCACUUUAAACAGGGAUAUGAAUUUACCAAAGUAAAUGAUAGCACUACAACAAAAAGUAAUAAAACUGAGUUUGCCCAUGCUUUUUUUGUGAGUUUGGCAUAUAUGUCUCAAGAAGAAAGGAGUAAUAGAAAAAUA